AUGGGGGACUCAACAACAGUGUCUACGAGCACUGCCAGCGUGUCUCUUCCCAGACGCCUCGCUCGACCUCAGAUCCCAAUCACAGAGUUCCCGAAAUCCACACUUCAGGCUGUAGCACCUGAACUUGGCAACACCCAUAUUGACUACAUUCGCGAGGGACUUGAAUGUCUUGGGCCCGACAUGCUCCGCGUCCUUGCAAGCAUCAAAACCGAACAUAUUACCAAUGUCCUCCCGAAGGAAAUUUCCAUCACUAUUAAUGACGUAUCGUCCGACAUGCCCACGCACAUGUUCGCAGUCUUCUCAUCCCGCCCGCCAGUCGGUGCUCGCCGUCGCGUGACGCUGUUCCCCGCACACAAUCUCGUCUUUGCCGCACACUGCGCAAACCUUCCCAUUCUGCCCACUUCAACACCAGCAUUCGUAGAGUGCGAAGGCCAGGAUAUCAAAGUGCCAGUUGUCCCUUUUUGCAUUCCUGCCCCCGAGGUGUUCCACCAACUCUCCAGAUUCCUGUACACCAAACGCAUCGACCACCUUCUUGGGUCGCUUCUGCCUUUUGCCACCCCGCCCUCACUCUACCAAGAUGAUCCUGACGCCGUCAUGCCUACCCUUGCCAAAUUCGCUCACAAAAUCGCCGAUGCAUACACCGCAAAAGCUGUGCUCCAGUACAUCGCUAACGUGCACGGCAUGUGGCGAAACGUGAUUGCACUUGGCAUCGCCGAUGAGCGGCUCUGGUGUGCCCUCGAUGUAGCAUGGGAGGUGCUCCUCACAUCCCUCGCUAUUUCCACGGGAAGGCCUCACCUCAUUGAGCGCACAUAA